UGUGUGUGUGGUUAUAUUCUAAACAAUCUGUAAAUUCAGACGGACAAUUUUUAUGUGUGUGUGUGUUUAGCAGUACAACAUAUAUAACCAAAUAUUGAUACUGGGACACUCGGAUCAUGUCGAUUAAGGUCCAGACCAACAGAACCUGUGAAUGAUCUGUCACUUCUCACAAUUGUUAUGGCGAGUUAACUGUGCAAAGAAAUCGAAAGAUGUGAUGUUUCCCAACAUUAUGUAGAAUAUCAAUCAAUGGAUGAAUAUACAACCAGGGGUAGUCAUGGCAACCGUCAAAGGGAAUAUAGCAUUGAGCAGAGAUCUACAGAAAUUAACAGCAUCCGGACGACCAGUCUGAAGCAGAUAGCUGUCAAAGAGAGACAGGGUACGAAGCGAAGUGACGGACAGUCCCGAACUAGUAAUGACAACAGAGGAAGGUCAAACGCACAAAGCAAAGGCCCCAAGCCAAAUCAAGAAGCCAAACAAAGUAUUAAAGGCAGAUCGACGUCAUUGCCGAGGGAAAGAGACCAGCUCAAAUAUGAAAACCCUAAGUCUGACAGCAGUCAAAGAAAACAACCCAAACAGUUGGCCCUCAAAGGGAAAGAUGACACUUCCGCCGGAAUCGUUAAUGAUAUCUCGAAAAGUACGACCGGAAAGAAACCGAACGCGUCUCGAAAUAGGCAUAGAUCUGAUGGCGAUGUCCAAUCUAAGGUCUCAAGGAGCAAAUCCACGGAUUAUUCCUACCAGAAAUCUAAAUAUGUGUAUUCAACCAAUGACUACUCACCAAUCUCUUCGGAUGAAUCUCAGAUCAUGCAUACUGACACCACUAGACUGGUGUCUAAAAGAAAAACCAAAUCCAUGCAACAUUUCCGAACGUUUUACGACAUGCAAAAUGUUGAAAACAAACCCUCCAUUAAGAAAUUUGCCCGGCAUCAAAAAUAUUUUUAUUCGGACGAGGACAGUAGCGAGGCAUCAACUCCUCUCAGGACAGGAUUUACAAAUGGCAACCAUUCGUCGUGUGUUCGAAAUGGCGUGCCAGCAGAUACAGCAUUGGAUAUGGAUGGUGGCUGUGACUAUUCAUUUCCAAGUUUGGAAGGUUACAGCAAACACGGCCUGAAACGUAGCUUUCCCAGCUCCCCCUAUACCCGUAUUAAACAAAUGAAUAGUGGCAAUAUACUGAUUGCAUUCUUAGGUUCUAUAUUGUUUGGAGUUGGUGCUUUCCUGUUGUUCUGUCCUUCGACAGCUUUGUUGAUAGUGAUAUUCCCCGUAUCUUUCCUCAUCAAAACGUCUAUAUUUUCGUGUGGUUGUACCUGUAACAAUUGUUGUGAGUGUGGAAUACAGUUGUCCUGGAAAGAAAGAAAUUGGCAAAACAGUAUUACUGAUAGCACAGCGGUUUACCAAGCGUUACUUGUUAUUGAAUUCGGUCUUGAUAUUCAUCGCAUACGAGAUCUAAUAAACGCACGGCUCAUAUGCGCUGAAGAUAAGCUGAAGAGGAAAUUGUAUCCAAAAUUCACUAAAAAGCUCGCGGUCUCGUGCUCAGGGUUGGUCUGGGUGCCUGACCACGGUUUUACAAUCAACAACCACGUGUUUUCGUCUUCUAGACGUGUUGAAAAUCAGGAAGAUUUACUCGAUUUCGUCUCUGAAUCGUCAACAAAGCCCCUUCCGCUUAACAGUCCUCUAUGGGAAAUACAAGUGGUUAAAAACUUUGGGGAUCACAAAGACACCAUUCUACUCAUUCGAGUACAUCCCAUUCUGUCAGAUGGGUUAUCGCUUGCUCACAAUGUUUUGGCUUCAUUGACAGAUUUAGAUGCGAUUUCAUGCUCGGUGCCAAAAUAUUCCACGCGUGGGAAAGUUUACAGAUUUGUAAAAUCCUUCUUCUGUGGUUCAUUAAUUUUUCUGAGGGAGUAUUUCUUUGCCAAAGCGGACUUCAAUUUACUACAUGGUCGACAUACUAUUCGGUCUAGUAAACGAGUGGUUUCAUGGUCGGAACCAUUCCCACUGGAAAAUGCUCGUCGAAUAUGUCACGUGACAAGGUCCUCUUUAAAUGAGGUCCUAGUGUCGGUGGCAGCCGGGGCCCUGAGGUCCUACCUCCAGUUAAAUGGUAUAGAAAACCCUUACAACAUGCACAGUCUCAUUCCAGUACAUUAUCGUUCAGGUGUCUCUGAAUUCUCAAUAGAAAACAAUCAAAAUGUGUACAUGACAAUGCAAAUUCCGACAAACACAGAAGGUGCUAUUCCUCGUUUAUGGAAAAUGAAGUCUUUCAUGAAACAUGUUAAUCACAAUGCAUUGUUCUCGGUCAGUCGUUUUGUGAGAUAUGUGACGUCAUACACCCUUCCCAGUGCUCUAUACAAUCGUCUUUGGAAGUGUAUUCGAAAUAAGUGCACGUGUAUCAUAUCGAAUGUCCCCGGACCUGAGGGUCCGAUACGUUUUGGGUCAAGGUUAAUCAAAGACCUAGUGACGUGGAACCCGCCUACUGAUGACGUGUGUGUGUCAAUUAAUUUUGUGAGCUACGACGAUCAAAUCAAGAUGGCCGUCAUGUCUGAUCCUUCUGUUCUGCCUAACCCGGAGCUGAUCACUAGAGACUUUGCGUACCAGAUGUCCUGCAUUGCUGAACUGUUAGCUAACCGGCGAAUUCCUGGAGACCAGAUGACCAAACGACUGGAACCUUUGGAACUGGACUCCGAAAUCCACGCAGAACCAACAGUGGAACAGAUUCAUCAUAAGAUGUCGCUCAUCCAACAAGAACUGCAAGAUCUGAAGAUUCAACUGGAGUCUGAGGGGAAACAUAAGCAUGUUGCGGGAGAAACCAAAAUUAUCCGGAAAAUUGACUUCCUCAAGGAACAAUUCCGAGAAUUACUAGUCGAAUCCCGCCAGCGCCGGGCAGCGGAACAGGAAAAUGCCAUGAUACUUUCCGAAGACGAUCCGGAUGAGGAUUUAGACGAAGAUGGGGAACCAAAGCGACCAUUCCGGAGGAGAACGUUGUCCAUAAGUUCCCGGAUGUCACGUCUUUCCACGGUAUCGCAAUCGUCAACAGUGCGCCCCCUAGCGGCCAAUCCUGCGACUCAAUUUGAUCUCAGUUCAGAAAUCGAUUCUGAGUCAGAAGCCUCUUUCAGAAUGGACGGAAUCUCCCAAACCGGAAGGAAGCAGCACCGACGCCUUUAUUCGGAACAUCCGAAACAGUUCGAGAUUCUAGAGUACGCCUCCUCUCCCUCUGUGGAGAGGAAGCUGAGGACGUUCUAGUGAUGGGGUGUGUAGUGAAGUGUGCGUGAGUGUGUGCCAGUGUUAUAGUAUCAUUGAACAAUGAACACGAACUGUUUCUUAGAGGGAAUAUUGGGAUAUGUAACUUAUUAUAAGACGAUUGAAAUUGUUACAGUGUUACUCAUGUUGCAAUAUUAAAUUGUUUGAAAAAUCUCAA